UUAGUAAUUCUUUUAGUGAGCUAAUGUCUAAAAAAACCCUUUAUUAUUAAUUAAUAUUUCGUACAAGAUUAAUUAUGUGUGAUGCAUAGGAGAUUAGGAGUAAGAUGAAAAGAUAGAGUUACAUAACCGGUUGAUCUGGAUCCAUACAUAUUUUUAAUGCAAUAGAUAAUUAUAGCACGAGGAGGAUGUUUGAGUUAAAAAUCAUUGAUGCUUACUAGUGCCGGCCCAUUUUGAAAUUAUAUUACAUAUAUAGCCCAUUAACUCUAGAUUGAACUCUUUUUUUUUUUUUUUUUUUUUUUUUGGAGAAAAACUCUAGAUUGAACAUGAAGCAAAAUAACUUAAAUUUGACCUGAAAUAACUUGAUUUGAAUUUGUCUAGAUACAAUUGCAAUCAAAAUGAUCAAUUACCUACCGGUAUAUAACUCCCAUUUACUAAAAAUAAAAAUAUUUGAAUGCAUGAAAUAGUGUUAGCUAGAUUAUUGAUAUAGAUAUAGUGACAAAUAUAUAUACUUUUUUGACAGAGAUAUUGUGGAAAAUCUCGCGGUAACAAUGUUGUUAGUAAAAAGGUGUAAAGUAUAGAGUCAAAUUUAAUAUUUGAUGUUAAAAAAGUAGUAAAUGUGAAAUAGAGAGGAAGGGCGUGACAAUUGACAACAAGACAAGACGACUUAUUUAGAAGGUGUAAGAACCUCUCAUCCCUAAUUUUCUCUUUUCCAACCCAAUAAUUUCCCACCAUUAUCCACCCUCAUCAUUUUUCACCAUGACAGAAAAACAAUACAAUUCCAACAUAAGGAAGAAAAGGAGAAAUCACAAUAAUAAUAACAUUAUUUUCAACACUACAAUGCCUUCCUUGUUUUGCUCCAAUAAUAAUAAUCUCAUACAUUAAUUGUUAGAACCCAAAAUUUCAUCCCCUAUUUCAUUCCUGAUUGUGAACACCGCUCCCCAUUUUAUCGAUGGAGGAGCGGGUCCCUGACCACGACCAUGAUCACGACCACGACCACAAUCGUAGCUCCACGAACAAUGAGGAUCAAGACGAGGAGUUUGACGAUUUUUACAAUAUCUAUCAUGAAAAAAAUAAUGUAACGGAAAAUGAAGACGAGGAAAUGCAAAUUGUACCAUCAACAAAACAUGAAGACUCCACUCCACAACCUCAUUCAACGUACAUAAUCCAAGUCCCUAAGGAUCAAAUAUACCGGGUUCCGCCACCGGAGAAUGCCGGGAUUGUGGAAAAGUACCGGAACCCGGUGCAAAACAACCAAAGUGGGCAUCGCCGGCGGUGUGCGUAUUGGUGUUUGUCUAUAUUCCUUGUGGUUGCCUUCAUUGUUAGUGUUAUUGUUUGUGUGAAUCAUUUUACGUUGAGUCCUAAGAAUCCUGAUUUCUCUAUCAAGCGUGUUGUUAUUAAGAACCCUCCUCCUUCUUCUAAGAAGAAUGCUUCUCCUAAAAUACAGGUAUCCUUGGAGGCAACGAAUCCAAAUAGUGUGAAUGAUAUCGGUUAUGGACAAGGAAACGCCACACUCAUGUACAAAGGGAAGGCGAUAGGGCACGGCUCGUAUCCUGCGCUAGUAAAUCAAGAAUCAGGCAAAUCUGAUGAAGUAGAUGUGGUUCUUGCAGUUUCGUCGAAAGGAGGGUUGCCAAAGGAAUUAGUGUCUCAGUCUCAUAACAGCAACAAUAAUCGUAAAAAAGCACUGGUUUUAAACCUAUUAUUGAACAUCCCUCUUAAGUUAAAGACUUGGUUAUUUACCAAGAAAAUUGAUGUUAAGGUUGGUUGCAAGUUUGAGGUCAAUUCUGUUGGAGAAAAGAUCAGAGUUUUAUCACAAAAAUGUGAUAUCCAAAAAUAA